AAUUGAAUUAAGUUACACUCCAAGUCAUUUGAUUGAUGUAUGUUUAAAUUUCCAAACAACAGAGGCACCACGGAGCCAUGCUUUUGUUUUUGCUGGAUCACAUGGAGAGUCAGAGGUUAGAUUAGAAUCGCGGCCAAUGAAUAGAUUAGAUCAUCCUCCAUAUAGCGCUGCUUUGCCAUCACCGCAUCCUCCUUUGCCGCCUUUCCCUCCUCCUUCCAGAGCUUUCUGGGAACCCGCAAAUGUGAUCGAUCGCCUCAAAGAACUAUAUGAGACUAUCAAACUCGCCGAAGCUAUGGGAAAAGAGCUGGAGGUGAUUGAUAGGAGGAAAACUAUAAAAGGAGAUUCCGAGGGUUUGGAAAAUUUGGCCACACCUGAAGAGGGGUUUUUCAAGUUGCUAUGUAUAAAUAAAAUAGAUUUGAAGUGCCAAGAAUUGCUCUCAUUGGAAGCUGCAAAUGCAUUGAUAUCAAAGUUGAAAACUCAGCUCGAGCCAUUUCGGGUUGUUGUUGAUGAUAGGGGUCCAUGGGAAGAAAAAUCCAGUGCUAUCAGAUUAUGUGACCAACUGCAAAAGUACAAACGGAACAAACUUUGGAGGAAAAAGAAGAGGAAACGAGUUGCAGAGAAAUUAGCUAUGGAGAAAGAAAAAUUUGAGCAAUUGGAUAAAGAAGCUGAUGAGUGGAUGGCUAGGGAAAUUGCAAAGGAUGUUGCUAAGCAAAAGGUUGCAAAGAUGAAGGAGAUAGCAAAGCUGAAAGAGAAAGAGGAGAGGAAAACGUUAGGAUCUGAGCUUGAGCUGGCAUUGAUGGUGGAGAAGUUGCAGGAAUUAAGGUCCAUCAGGAUUCAGAAGUUGAAAAAACAAGGACGUUUUCUUCCGGAUGAGGAUGACCAGUUUCUUGAGAGAGUGAAAGCUGCAGUUGAGGAAGAGGAGCGACUAGCAAUGGCUGCAGCAGGGACAGCAGCUGCAAAGGAUGCCAUAGCAACUGCAGAGUCCAGCAGAAAGUUGGAAAUGGGCCGCCACAACAACAAUAACACCACCAUCAACAACAACAACAAUAAUAAUAAUAAUAUGAACAUCAAGGACGACAAGAAGAGCCAAGAGGUGGCGGCAACGAUGACCAAACCCGAAGACAAUAAACCAAUGGAACACAACCAAUGUGGAAGAAGCAGUAGUGCUGCUGCUACUUAUGUCUGCUCGCUAAAUUUGCCUAUGGAGUAUUACCACUACUACUAUGGGAGUAACCAUGAUAUAGGUACCCUUGUAGAGGUUCGAAGACGAUGGGAUGCUUACUUAAGGUCUGGUGGAAGUCGCAUUCCCGGUCACUGGGUUCAACCCCCACCACCUGCUGACCAGACAUGGGCUUCCUGCUUGCUCAAACCUUGAUUCAACUCCACUUGAGGAGUCUCCUCUAGGAGAACGCAUCUCUCUAACAUUAUUUUAUUGUUAUUAUCAGUAUUAAUGUUAUUAGUAUUAUUCGAUGUUUGCUCUGUAUUAUUGUUGUUUUGUCCUAAUACAAUCUUCAUUUCUCUAACAUAUUGUCCUAAUUAAUGUCUAUUGGAGUAUUCAUUACGAACUUUAAUCUUUCAUUGCUAGAUUGUAGGCCACAAUUCAGCAAAAACUUUACUUUGGAUUUACCCCGUAUAAAUUGGAAAA